GCGGAAAAGAGUGACAAAGGAUGAGACAUUGUCAAAGAUAAAUCACUUCAACACAUUUUAUACAACUGGAAAAAUCUUUGCAGGAGCUAGCCACACAAGUCUCAUCGAAGAAGUAAUCAGAACUUUCGGCUGACCAGUUUCUGCAGGUAAUGAGGAGGUGGCACUUUCAACCCGCAGCUUGCGAACUAAAGAGGGCUGCUGCUUGCAUUUGACUCCAUCCUGCUGAGGAUGCUAUAGAAACGCGUGGGCAAAGAACAAAGUAUCACCUCAACGGCUGUGUUGGAGCAAGGAUCCAGACUGAACAUCUACCUCAGCAUGUUUCUCAUCGGACAACUCAGUUACCUAGCCCUGCUGGAGAGUACCAUUGCAUCAUUUCUGUCACUGUUACUAUUGCUGGCUUUAGCUCGACAACUCUGGACCCUUAAAUGGAACAUGAAACGUGACAGGGACAACAAAUUACCUUUGCCACAGGGCUCCAUGGGUUGGCCCCUUCUGGGGGAAACUCUUCAUUGGUUUGUACAGGGGUCAAGUUUUCACGUCUCCAGAAGAAAGAAGUACGGAAAUGUCUUUAAGACUCACCUUUUGGGAAAGCCCGUCAUCCGAGUUACAGGAGCUGAGAAUAUUCGUAAGAUUUUACUUGGGGAGCACACACUGGUGAGCACACAGUGGCCUCAGAGUACACGGAUCAUUCUGGGCUGCAAUAACCUAGCCAAUUCAAUUGGGGAGCUGCACCGCCAAAACCGAAAAAUUCUGUCCAGUGCAUUCAGCCAUACUGCUUUGGAGCAUUACCUACCUCGCAUCCAGAUGAUUGUGCAUACCCAUAUCCAGAACUGGUGCAGGGAACAAGGUCCCAUUGCUGUAUUCCCAUCUUCAAAGGCUUUCACAUUCCGCAUUGCAGUACGUGUCCUGCUUGGACUUGAUCUAGAAGAAAAGGAGCUUCAGUAUUUGGCAAAAACGUUUGAGCAACUAAUGGAUAAUCUUUUUUCACUUCCUCUUGAUAUUCCUUUCAGUGGUCUGCGGAAAGGUAUAAAAGCCCGUGAUGUGAUUCAUAGGUGUAUAGAAAAGGCCAUCAAGGAGAAACUGCAAAAGAAAAAAUGUGAAGGCUAUACUGAUGCACUAGACUUUAUGAUUAAUGGUGCAAAAGAACACGGUCGAGAACUCAGCAUGCAGGAAUUAAAGGAGCUGUCAGUAGAACUUAUAUUUGCUGCAUUCUUCACCACGGCAAGUGCAAGCACGUCUUUGAUCCUGCUGUUACUGAAAGAGCCCAGGGUGAUUAGCCGCUUGAAACAGGAGCUAGUAUCAUUUGGACUCAGUCAGGACCAAGACCACUUACAACCUGCUGUUACCCCAAUGGGAUGCAAAAAACAGCCAACAGACUGUCAUAAAGAAGAUCAGAUCUCUGCAAACAGUGGUGGUACAGUUACACAGCCAGCUGGCUCCCAGAGGCAUAUGUGCUCACACAAGGACUGCACUGUAUCAGAUGCUAGCGGAAACACAGACAGGUCGCACUUUUCUUCUCAUUCAGUGAAACCUAAGUUGGCUGAAGAUGGCUGUACCUGCAAUGGUACACAAAAGGUGACUUCCAAGGACCAAGAGCAAGAAAGCAUCUCUCAAAAAAAGAUGUACAAGUUAUGUACCAAUGGUCAUUUGAACCAGAGCUACCUAAAGAAUGUCACACAAGGCUGCAGCUGCCAACCACAAGUGACCUUGGAUACACUCAAACAGUUGCCAUACCUAGACUGUAUAAUAAAAGAGGUGCUACGUAUCUUGCCCCCAGUCUCUGGGGGUUACAGGACAGUCUUACAGACGUUCGAACUGGAUGGGUAUCAGAUUCCAAAAGACUGGAGUGUCAUGUACAGCAUACGAGAUACACAUGAAACUGCUGCUGCUUUUCAAAAUCCUGAAGUAUUUGAUCCAGAUCGGUUUGGUCCAGAAAGAGCUGAAGAAAAAGUUGGAAGGUUUAACUACAUACCAUUUGGAGGAGGUGUUAGAAGCUGUAUUGGCAAAGAAUUGGCUCAAAUUAUUCUGAAAAGUCUCGCUAUUGAGUUAGUCAACACAGCUAAGUGGGAGCUAGCCAGUAACGCAUUUCCAAAAAUGCAGACUGUCCCUAUUGUGUACCCUGUUGAUGGACUUCAGCUUUAUUUUCAUAGUUUAAAAUUCCCUGAUGCCUAACGUAUACUAGCCAGUUUCCAUAAUGCAUAAUAUAUCAUUUCAUGUGACUAUAUCACUAAAUGUUAUCUGCUUAGACAUAUUUGUUAAGUGUUAACAGAAUAUUCUAUUGCAGUAGUAACAAGUUUUGCUAAAGUGUUUGCAUUACAGGUGAGCAAUGGUGAUAUAAACUAUUUAUACUUUGAAGGUGAUAUGCAUUUUUUUAACCUAUAUUGAACUAAGUUUAGACUAAAACACAUCUAUGAAUGCAAAUGUGAGGAAAUUGUUAUAUUUUCAUUUAGGUAUGUAUAUUAUAUUGUGGAACGAUAUAUAUAUAAAAUCCAGAAGUAAAUGUUCUGUUUUAUAUAAUAUGUUUUAAGGGAAUUGUUUUCCAGAUGAAUGCAAAAAACUGCCAACAGCAAUAUUAAUUAAACUCAAAUUAUUUCAUAUUUUAUCUUGCAAAAGAUACUUUAAUGGCAUACAAAAUUGUAAAUGUUUAUUUAAAAUUCCUUUACAUUUGGCGCUGUAUUCAUAAGCUCUACCAACAUUUAGGUGUAAAAUAAUUUCCAUUUGCUCUUACUGACUGUAGGAUAGUUUACUGAAACUGUUGUCUACAUUUUUCCCACUGGAAUGAAGUCAUCCCAGUGCUGGAGCCCCCCCCCCCCCACACUGGUAAUAAGGAGGCACACAUUUUCCCUUAGUUUACCUAUUUUCUGUAAACUGAGACGAUUAUUUGAUUAUUUUUUAACGGUUUCAAACAUGAACGCAAACUGCAGAACUAAAUGAGAUGAAGUUGAAUAUUAAGAAGGUAUACAAGUGAAGGAAUACUCUUUCUUUUUUUUUCCUGGCAUAAAACUGAACUUUUUCCUGUCAUAAUUAAAUAUUUAAAGUAUGAAAUUUAAACAAAAAAUAUGGCAUUUGCUAAGAUAAAUGUUUAGCUGACAACAGAAAUGUAAAAUUGCAAUCAGUAAUAAAAAUAUUCACAUUAUUA